CAAGAAACAGCUUCAAGGUCUCACACCUUCAAAACCAAGUCUUUUAAGAAGUCCAAAAUUUGUGGAAUCUGCAAACAAGUAAUUGAUAGCCAAGGCAUUUCCUGCAGAGUUUGCAAGUAUGCCUGCCACAGGAAAUGUGAAGAAAAGGUGGUGACACCCUGCUUUUUUCCAAGUAACUACGAACUGGCUAAUAACUCUGAGGCUGUUAAAAAUCAUGUAACCAGAACUAAUUCCAGCAGUGCUUCGAAGAACUCCUCUUUCAGUUGUGACAAAGGAUCACGAAGUGCAGACUUUGAUCACAUUAUGGAGGAAGGCUAUGAACUUGACCUCACUUACAUCACAGAGCGGAUCAUCGCUGUAUCCUUCCCUGCUAGCUGUUCUGAGGAAACUUACCUCCACAAUCUACAAGAUGUAACCCGAAUGCUCAAAUCCAAACAUGGGGAUAAUUACUUGGUGUUAAACCUCUCUGAAAAGAGAUACGACCUUGCCAAGCUUAACCCAAAGAUUAUGGAUGUGGGGUGGCCUGAUCUCCAUGCUCCGCCUCUCGAUAAGGUAUGCACCAUCUGCAAGGCUAUGGAGUCAUGGCUGAACAGUGAUCCUCAACGCGUGGUGGUGAUCCAUUGCAGAGGAGGAAAAGGAAGGAUAGGCGUAGUCAUAUCAUCAUAUAUGCACUUCACCAAUGUUUCUGCAAGUGCUGAUCAGGCUCUAGACAGAUUUGCUAUGAAGAAAUUCUUUGAUGAUAAAGUUUCAGCUUUAAUGCAGCCAUCCCAAAGAAGAUACGUGCAGUUCUUAAGUGGCCUUCUAUCUGGAUCUGUGAAAAUGAAUGCAACCCCUCUUUUCCUGCACUAUGUUAUCCUUCAUGGCAUCCCAAGCUUCGAUGCUGGGGGAGCUUGCCGGCCUUUUCUGAAGUUAUACCAGGCUAUGCAACCAGUUUAUACAUCUGGAAUAUAUAGUGUAGGGCAAGAAAAUCAAAGCCGAAUCUGCAUUGCUAUAGACCCUGCCCAGCUUUUGAAGGGAGAUAUUAUGCUGAAGUGUUAUCACAAAAAAUACCGGUCAGCUACUCGUGAUGUGGUUUUUCGCCUUCAGUUUCACACUGGAGCUAUUCAAGGACAUGGCCUGGUGUUUGGCAAAGAGGAUUUGGACAAUGCCAACAAAGAUGACCGUUUCCCUGAUUACGGCAAAGUGGAAUUAGUGUUUUCAGGAACUCCAGAGAAAAUUCAAGGAUGUGAACACCUUCAGAAUGACCAUGGAGUGAUAGUUGAUUACAAUACCUCAGACCCACUGAUACGCUGGGAUUCCUAUGAAAAUAUGAGCCCUGAUGGGGAAGUGCUGCAUACCCAAGGUCCCAUUGAUGGCAGUUUGUAUGCAAAAGUGAGAAAGAAGAGCUCCUCAGACAGCAGCAUCCCUGGUGUUGCUCAGGGUGUUCCCGUGGUUGGCAGUCCUGAUCACAGUGAUCAUACCCUGUCUGUCAGCAGUGAUUCAGGACACUCAACAGCUUCCAUCAGGACAGACAAGACUGAGGAGCGCCUUGUGCCAGGAGUCAAACGGGGUCUGAGCCCACAAGAGAAGGCAGAACUGGACCAGCUACUUAGUGGCUUUGGUCUGGAGGAUUCUGUCAACACCACCAAGGAUAUGACUGAUGCCCGAAGCAAGUACAGUGGGACUCGCCACAUAGUGCCAGCUCAAAUUCACGUGAAUGGAGACACCAAACUGAAGGACAGGGAGACUGAUAUUCUGGAUGAUGAAAUGCCUAAUCAUGACCUUCACAGCGUGGACAGCAUUGGGACUUUGUCUUCCUCAGAAGGGCAGCACUCCACGCACCUAGGGAACUUUAGUUGCCAUAAGAGCAGUCAGAACUCACUUCUUUCGGAUGGCUUUGGAAGUAACACUGGGGAAGAGCAUCACAAUGCUUUUGCCCCAGACCUCGGAAUUGGUGUGGAUCCCCUCUAUGAGAGAGCAUUUGGAAGCACUGAGCCGAAGUCAACUCAGCAAUUGCAACGGAAUCCUUCUGUCUCACCCCAGCCUCAAGCCUAUGGCCCAAGUAACUACUCUACUCAGACCUGGGUACGCCAGCAGCAGAUGGUCACUGCUCACCAAUAUGGUUUUGCCUCAGAGAAUGAAAUUAGGGUUGGCAUUCAUAACACUGUGGAGAAUUCGGGCAGUGUCCAGAGCCAGUCCCGAGUCCCAGACACCCCGACACGUGGCUCCAGCAGCAGAGAUGCUGUGCAGAGGGGGCUAGGAAGCAUGCCAGGUGCUGCUGAAGCGGCAGAACAUGCCAGUGUUGAGAGUUUUAAGUCAAGGCCAGUGCCUCAGAGGGACACAAAUGGCCUGGAUCUAGGACGGAAUGCAGGGGACUUGCCAGCUUCUCCAACUUUGGAUAUUGAUCAGUCCAUUGAACAACUGAACAGGCUGAUCUUGGAGUUAGACCCUACAUUUGAACCUAUCCCGACUCGCAUUAACACUGUCACCAGGGACAGAAAUCAAGUAAAUGGCUUCACCAGUCUUGAUGUAGACAUGGAAGGGCUUGGCAGGAGUCCUGGCUUCCAUGACAAAUUAGAGGUCACAAACAGGAAUCCCUCCUGGCAUGCAACAGAUACGCAAGAUGACAAUGCAACAGGGGGAAGGAUCAGAAAGUUAAGUGUUGGGCAGUAUGACAAUGAUGUCCCUGGGCAGCCAUUGUAUAACAGGUGUGGAUGGAUGAAGUCUCCUGCUACUGACCAGGCUGUAGAUCCAGGAUCACCGAUUCCUGUAGGGGAGACUAAGGAGAUGGCUGUUGCACAUUACCAAGAUGAAGUAGAUGGGGGAAUCUUCUCCCCAACAGAAAAUGGAAAUGAAGCUGUCCUGUCCACAACAGCUUUUCCCCUGUCACCAGAGACAUCAUAUGUGAAAACACCUCCACUAUACCACCAGCGGAUUCCCUCCAGCCAAAAGGUCAGCAGCCCGUCUGAGCUGUACAGAACCAGUCCUGAAUCUCGAAGUUACACGGAAGCCAUUAACCACUCUCCGGUGAUGUCUGACAGCACUGUGGGCACUAACCCUGCUUUGCUGAGGGCCAACAUGCAGACGGAUCCCUCCUUUCAGCGCUGUUUUGCAUCUUCGUGUACUGUUUCAAGUAACAGUCCUAUCCCAGGGGGAGAAAGCUCUUCUGCAACAGAACGUCCUUGGCUUGAAAGCAGCCCUAAAGCUUCCCCGUCGCUCCAGCUUUCAAUGGGAAACAGCAGGCCACCGGGAGGUUACCUUGUGUCCUCUGAAUUUUCAAAUGCUGUGCAAGAUGUCUCUCUCUUGUCUCAUUUCCAAACUCCAGGACUGCAAGUCGUCACCCUGAGCAGCCUGGAGAGUUCACCAGCAGAGCCACAGCAAGAACCUGCUGUCAGCAGCAGUGCCCGGGCCUACCUGAGCUACAGUGGGGGCAACAGGGGCAGUAGCUCCCCGCAAGAGGAGAAGCAAGCUACUUUCAUAGCCAAUACUAGCAUCUCUCCUAAAACCAUGAGCUCAUCAGUGGCAAGUGCCGAGGACAAUGGCUUUUUGACACAAAACUUUCUUACAGUGGCCUCUGGACACAAUAGCCAGAACAGUGCGGUUCAGCAGCACCAUGGAGGGAACCUACAUGCUCAACCGCCUCUUCCAGAGAAAAAGAGGUCCUCUGAAGGAGACCGUUCCUUUGCCUCCGUGUCACCUUCUUCAAGUGGAUUCUCUAGCCCCCACAGUGGAAGCACAAUCAGCAUCCCCUUCCCAAAUGUCCUCCCAGAUUUCUCAAAAAUGUUAAGCACUUCCCCAGUGCCAGAAAACACAACUGAUAAACAUGUGACUGUAAAAUUUGUCCAGGACACAUCCAAGUUCUGGUAUAAGCCAGAUAUUUCAAGAGAACAAGCCAUUGCUGUUCUCAAGGACAAGGAACCUGGGUCAUUCAUUGUUCGAGACAGUCAUUCUUUCCGGGGAGCCUAUGGGCUAGCAAUGAAAGUUGCUACACCACCUCCUUCUGUGCUGCAAUUAAACAAGAAAGUUGGAGAUUUGUCAAAUGAACUUGUAAGGCAUUUUCUGAUUGAAUGCACUCACAAGGGGGUGCGCUUGAAAGGAUGCCCAAAUGAACCAUAUUUUGGGAGUUUGACAGCUCUGGUGUAUCAGCAUUCCAUCACUCCACUGGCAUUGCCCUGCAAGCUCCUCAUCCCAGACAGAGAUCCCUUGGAGGAGAUAGCAGAAACUUCCCCGCAAACUGCUGCAAACUCAGCAGCGGAGCUUCUCAAACAGGGUGCAGCGUGUAAUGUUUGGUACCUGAAUUCAGUGGAGAUGGAGUCCCUCACGGGCUACCAGGCAGUACAGAAAGCCUUGAGCCUGACGCUGAUGCAAGAUCCUUCUCCCAUCUCAACCGUUGUCCAUUUCAAGGUGUCUGCACAGGGAAUCACAUUGACAGAUAAUCAAAGAAAACUCUUCUUUCGUCGACAUUAUCCAGUCAACACUGUUAUUUUCUGUGCUUUGGAUCCACAGGACAGAAAAUGGAUGAAAGAUGGCCUUUCUGCAAAAGUAUUUGGGUUCGUUGCCAGGAAGCAAGGCAGUGCCACAGACAACGUAUGCCACCUAUUUGCAGAGCACGAUCCAGAGCAACCUGCCAGCGCCAUUGUGAACUUUGUAUCAAAGGUCAUGAUUGGAUCCCAGAAGAAGAUCUAAUGCCUUUCCAUCCUUGACCCAGAGCUCUUCACUGACUUCACUGAAGGAAAGCACUGUGAGAGGGAGAAAGCCUAUUCAGCAGCAACGUCUGAACCUUGUCAUUCCCAAGAAGGAAAGCAGAGGACAGUCUAUCUGCAUUGUGUUUGCAAGAGUUCAGCCUUUUCUUUGAAGAUGCCUCUGACUUAACAAAGCAUUAUUUCUUUGUUUUUAUAUCAAAGGACAAAACAAAAGAAGCUGAGUGCCACCCAAACCCAUGUAGCCCGUACCUGAAUGAAGCAUAAAUGAAAAAUUUUUCUCCUGAAGCGUUUCUAAUAUAUUUUCACAUGCUGUUUCUCAUCAUUUAUUGGAGCAGAAAUACUCACUAGGCUGUGCUGCGUUUUUGUGCAGAAAAUGUUUUGUAUAACCUCCACAAAGACACUUGCCAUAGUUGCAUCAAUGGUAGCUAUAGGCCUUGCAAACAUGCUCUUAAGAAAAUGAUGGUCUGAGGAAGACUAUUUGCUCUUCCCUUCAUCUUUAUGUGAUCAGUGAUGGGAACUGAAUGGAGAAAGGGGAAGAUGUAUGUGAAGAGAAGGUUUGUGCAAGUUGAUUUCUGAUAAGAAAGGAGCGGCAGUGUGGAAUAUUCAGGGAGAUUGCUCUGUAUUCAGUGUUAAGAAGGCUGGUCUGUUUUAGUUUGAAAAAUUUUAAAUGGGGGAGAGGUGGCAGAACAAAAAAAAAGGUUGCGUGGAAAUUAUUCUGUAAUUUGUUUUUAUUGUAUUACUAUUUUUUUAUACAGAGAACUAAGCAGGGAAGAUUCUGUAUUUUAAUAAUUACAGGAUAAAAAUGAGGGAAAAGCAAAGAAGAAAAUUUUAUGAUUUAUAUAUUUUUACCUGUGCCAGAUUAUUUAUAGUAGAUCUCAGAUCUUGAUAUGUCAUAUGGAUAUGCUUAAACUAGACCAUUGUUGAGCUUUGCCUCUUUAGAACUAUUUUGCAUAAGAAAAGUGUGUAUAGCCUGUGCCUUGCUAUGGACAAGAGUGUCUCAUAUUUUGACUUUUGUCUUAACAGUAACAAGAUACUUCCCAUUUCCUGUCUCUGCAAUACUGUUUUGGUAGUAACAUUUGUUCCCCUACCUAACACAUAAUUAUAUUUGUGGAUUCUUUUGGCCCCCUUUUUAUUGGAGUUUUGGGGCUUAUUUUGGCUUUUUUUAAUCUGUAGGAGCUAUUUUUGGUUUAUAAUUUUUUUUAAUAAUUCCUUGAGUCAGGAAAUCCAAAAGGGAAUGGAAUUUAUUUUGUUACUCUGUCCCAUUUCUUGAGAGCAUUUAUGUCAUGAUUUCUACAACUAUCACACUUGUACAUAUCUCUGUAUCUUUCUAAACACAUGGGUAUUUUAAAUGCGUAACAAAGUGCUAGUUAGCUUUACGGAAAAUUGAUACAGUAGGUUACAGUGGAAACCUUCACGAGGAGACUAAGCUGCUGAGGUCUACUGGGUAAUUCCCAUUCACUCCAAAAAAAGCAGUACUAGACCCCCAUAUCAGAACUGAUGGUAAUAAAGCAGCUUCAGUGUGACAGUGCUGAAAAGUUUUCUUGCCUCUAUUUCUUUGAUGUGUGGCUGUCAACAUUAUAUUAAUAACCUGAGGAAUAAAAUGACAUGCUGAAUUUGGCAUGCCAAUGCAUGAGGCACUGGAUUAACUGGUAACUGUACCCACUUGGAGGAUUUAAUCCUUCUAUGCACUUUUACUAAAUAGUUGUUAAAUGGAAUGGGAAACUCCGGUUGGGCUACAUGGUAAGAAGGUUCCACCAAUUUGAACUAUGUUUGUCCUGUUUUAAUUAUGAUCUGUUUUUUAUUAACAGCUCUCUUGCUAUUUCCUAAAGUAUUAGGACCGUGGAAACCUUAUUCAGUGACCAUAGCCAAAGUGUUACCAAACUCUUUGUGUAACUAUGAAUUUUGUAUAAAUAACUUUAUGCUUUUUAAAAGGAAGGGGGUGGGGAAGAAAGGGAGAGAGAAGAAAGAUUUGAAGUUUACUGUAUUUGGACCAGGAAGUGGUAUAUUAGUAGCAGUGGGCAUUGGAUGUGUGUAGAAGGGUGAAGCAAUCCAAAGCGUAGUAGCUACCGUUGAAGCAACAAAGGCAAGUGCCUGUGAUUUGUACCAAAUAAUUCUGUUCUUCUGACACAGAGGUAUACUACUUAAAUGGUGUUUAUGUACCAUCCAAAAAAGAAUGCAGUUCUUACUUUUAGGAGCUUUGAUCCUUUUGAAACAUGUGAGGACAAGUUUCCUUUUAAUAUUCUUUUGAUGCACCAAGAACCCAGUUACCUAAGCUAGUCAGCCAGUUGGAGCCCAGUGAAUUUCUUCAGCUGACAUCUCAAUUAGAUUUAAGUCUGAUGUGUUGUGAGCAUUGACAGGAGGAGGAAUUUUUUACUAUAUUUUUUCACUUCUGUAGAUGAUACUUAAAUUUUAGUGUGUCUUGUGAGACACCAAGUGUUGGCCUUCGGGCUGAAAAUAAAGUGUCUUUUUUUUUCCCAGGUAUUAUCAUUUCCAUUCAGGGCCUUAUUUUUUAUUCCUUGUGCUUUCUCAAGGCCUGCUGAAUUCAAGAGCAUAAGGAAUUGAAUGCUGACACUCCUGGUGGUGUUUCCUGGGAGUUUAGCUCUACUUGGUAAGUGGGGAAAAAAGAAGUUGCCCUGUUUCUAAGGGAGGUUUUCUAUUAUGCAUUCCUUUGGAUGGUAUAUUGCCACGUGCUUUUGCUUUUUAAUGAAUUAAAAAAUGCACAAAGCAAAAUAGUUCAGUAUGUACCAUUGUGUAGUGUAUGUAGAAAGAUAUUCACGAAACUUAUGUUCAAGGCAAAUACAGGACUAAAUAGUUAAUACAGCACUUUUCUUUCAAGGUUUUUGGUAGAUGUGUAUAUGCAGUUUCAUAACUAAUAGCAGCAAGUUGACACAUGUAUUUAGCCAGACUCCUAUUAACCUGCUUAGUAAAUGUACUACUAUAAUCGUACAGUGUUAAACUACAAAAAUGCUAAAAGCCAUGUUUUUAAUGAAAUGGUUUCCGUGUAUCCAACAGUAUCAUUAAAAAUGUAAUGUUUCCUUCCUGGAUUUACCUACUAGUGCAAAUUUUUGCCUUUUUCUUGAAACUGUAAAGAAGCAUCAAAAGGUCUCCAGUAUGUAAAUGAAUGUUCUAUAAAUUCUUUGUAUAGUCAUUUUCUCUGCUCUUCAGAUAUCGCCUCUAUUCAGAUUAUAAUAAAAUUAUGAAUGUUAAAUUU